AUGGUGUCUCACAACGAGGCAGCCAGUCGCCACGACAAGCGUGCUAGGGAACGUCCGGCACUCAACACCAACACCGGAGUAGGUGUCACCAGCAUUGGAGCUCCAAUUAACUCAAGGCGCUCGACUGGGUACCUGGGUCGGAAUGGCCGUCAUGCUGACAGCAGCCGACGCAAUUCGGCUCCGGGCACUGGUCUCCCUACUGUACCUCGCCCGCAAAAUGAUCGUGGUCUCAACUAUCAUGGUAACCCAAACGCAUCCUGUGGUCUACUGCUACUAGCUGCUAACACCAGUACCGGUGCCGUCCGCAACGAGGCCAGCCCUGAGCCUGACGACAACGCAUUCACUACACCUACCAACUGUCGCAUGGUCAAGUCCAGCCCCACUGGUCCGUCUCCCUCGUUCAGUGGCUCGCGCCUGACGCGCCUUCUCCCCGACUCACAGCGCACGCCUUCUCCAAUGAAGCCCCUUGGCCACGAGCCUCCCGCUGCCAUGACAAUGUCUGCAAGCCCGAUUCGCAUGUUCAAUCGCCCUAAGGGCAAGGGCAAAUCGGUCGAAGAGCAGUACAUUCUGCCCAGUCUUAACGGCUCCAACAUCACGGUCCCCAAGCGAGACAGUUCCAGGAAGCGCUCGAACAAGUGGGCCGUCGACAGCGCUGACGACGAUGCCGCCAAGCGCAAGCUCUCAAACCCAAACGCGAUCGCUGUCGUCACUGGUCGAAAGAUCUACAAACCUCGCCAGAAGCCUGUCUCAGAGCGCCCCAUCCUCAGGAUGCGCGGCGACAGGGAGCAGAGGUACCUGUGA